UACCUAAGCUCGUGUCUUUAACUGCAGUUAGCCCGAGAGUUUCGUACGUGGCUUUUCGGAGGGUCCGAGUGUGUCCAGCACGCAGUGUGAUUUAUUCGUUGCCACGCAAGUGCGCAUCGAUUCGCCGAAAAGUCGUCGUUUGGUUUCCGAAAGUCAUCAUGAACACCCUCAUAUUGCUGCUUGGUCUGACGACGAUGGCGUACGCACAGUUCAGCAGGUUCACGACUCCAUAUCCACAACCGACGCAAUAUUACAAUCCCAAUUACUACGGCCGGCCUUUCUACGCCAUACUGCGACAAACGCAAGACGUCUCACCGGACGGAUCGUAUUCUUACAGUUACGACACUGAAAAUGGCAUCUCCGUAGCGGAGACGGGACAACCGAAGAACAUUGGGCCGAACCAGAUCGAGGCGGUCAGAGGUCAAUACAGUUACACGGCCCCGGACGGUACUCCAAUCCUGGUCACUUAUACAGCCGACGAGAACGGUUUCGUGGCGAGUGGCGCCCAUCUGCCGACACCGCCGCCGAUUCCGAUAGAGAUACAACGCGCCCUGGCGCACAAUGCGGCUCAUCCCGAAGAGGAGGAGCCCUACAGGAGAUAUAAGAAAUAACUGCACUAGGACUGCUCCUGCAUCGAUAUAUCGACGUGGAACAUUGUUUUUAGAUAUCGACGAUAAUCUUUUGUUAUAUUGUUUGUAUCAUUUUUUGUGGAAAACUUUUUUGAAACGGUAGUUCGAUUUUUGACUAUUGACUUCGGGAUAAACGUAAAAGUAAAAAAAAAAAAGUUUUUAUUUAAAAAAAUCAGGAUACAUUUGUCAUAAUUUCUAAAUAGAAAUUAAUGUAUUAUUCACUGAGUCGCAGUGCUAUACUUAUAACUAGAAUAAUCAGUGAGUAUUCACUGUCUUUCAGUGAUUUUGACUGUCAGAAUUAGUGUAUUAUCGCUGCAACUAGCACUGCAAGUGUAUUUAUUUCGCUGAUUAAUAAAAUAUAGGUAUAGCGCCUAAAACUCAGUGUAUUUUCACUGAUUCCCGUUGUCAGGGAAUACGGUUGUUCCAUGAUCGUUAUGUCGAUGAUCAACUUGUCGAGCAGGUGCUAGUGUCGAUUUUGUGCGUUUGUAAGACGAGGCAUGAUUAGGCGAGACGACGGAACAUGAGAGCGAUGAGUACAUACAAGCGAAGUGAGAAUAAGGGAAACAAAAGGAACAAAUUCUUCAGUUGACGUGAAAGAAUCUUUGGUAAACAAGCUUUACGCUUUAUACUAAAUGAUUACGAAACUUCGACCGAUGGUGGCUGUAAAUGAAAAAAUUUUUACGCGGCUCUGGAAUGUUUCGUUAUUUUUUAAAAACUUUUUUUCUUCUCUCGAUUUGAAAUAUACGUCGAUGCAUACCGGCCGGGAUUGCUAUUAAAGUGCAACUUGCUCUGCGUUAAUGUCUCGAGAAACCGGGAUGGACACGAGAAGCAAUAAAAUCGUUCUGCAAUUUAUAUAUACGUACGGCCGAUAAUGCGGCUGCCGUCAAAGUUCAAGAAAAAAAAAGUAAAAUGUUGGACGGAAUUAUUGCGGCGCGCUAUGUUCAGCAUUAUUAUAUAAAACGACACGAUAGUAUCUUAAAUAUGAAUUACGCAAGACCGUCUUGCCUUACUCGGGAAAUAAAGAUCAAUAUAUUACGGGAGUUUAUGUUGAGCGGCGCAAUUUGCAGAUCGAAUCAUCUCCGUAAUGAUGAGAUCUCAUCUGAAAACUCAAGUUUUUAUAAUAGACCCGUAAAAAUAAUAAUAUUAUGGGGUAUAAUUAAUGAACGCCGCAAUUAACAGAAAUUCGUACUCGUCCUCGAGGAUUUCGCUCGUCGUCUGAACGUGCCUUGAAACCCUAAACAGUAUAAACUCAUGCGAAGAUGCGAAACUAAAGGGGCUCUCUGUGUGUACCUCAGAGCAACAAGCGUGUAUAUCGUGGAGCUCGAAUUAAUUAAUUUCGCCAGGUUGUACAAUAACUUCUCGGUAGUGAAUGAAUUUAAUUAAGAAGAAGCGAUCGAAAUUCCGCGGGAAAUUCUGUUAUACUGUUCAGGGUCAAGCCGAUGACUAUAAUCAACGAUAAUUCCGUGCCUCUGGAAGACUUGCCGAAUACGAAGUGUACCGCUUCGCUUUACUUUGAUCCUAACACGAAGAGAUUACGUCCAACUGACGCGAUCGAGGUGUCCUGCGUGUCCUGCGUGAGCAACGAUCCCUCGCGAGGACGCGGGGGAUGCCCGAUGCGACAUUAUGUCAUAUCAUAAUUGUGCUGUAAUGUAUCAUGCUAUGGCUAUUAAAUCGUUUAACUGCGCAUGCUUCUCCACGUAUUCUGAGUGUCAUCGUAAUCACGUGCCCCAUAAUUACAACGCGAUUUGAAUCGUGAUAUUCGAGGGGCCGAUUCUUUGCCUUUAACGACGUUUAACAAACCGCGCGCAAUGAAUACCGUAUCCGUAUACAAUAAUAAAUUAUUUUAAUACGCAAGA